UUCCUGGCUCCCGUUGCUCCCGGGGUGAGCAGACAAGAGACCCCUCCCCGGUACCCCAGCACGUUCUUGCUUCGAUUGGUGGACCCAGAUACCUCGGCAGGAGUGAAAAUCGAGGAUCAUGCCAUCGGCCUUCGAGACAGUGGUCAAGAGUGUGAUCAAGGAGGUAAGCGGCAGCAAAGGAGAUCUCAUUCCGGUAGACUGUCUUCGGAAUUCGACCAGCUUCAGGCCUUACUGCCUCCUAAGCAGGAAACUCCCAAGCUCCUGGUUCUGGAAACCCCGUUAUACAUGUGUCAACCUGUCAAUAAAGGAUAUCCUGGAACCCAAUGCUCCAGAACCAGAACCGGAGUGUUUUGGCUCCUUCCAAGUCUCUGAUGUCGUCGAUGGGAACAUUCAGGGCAGCGUGAAGUUGUCAGGCACGGGAGAAGGGACAAUUUCUGGUGGGGCUGCAGUGUCUGACAGUUCCAGCGCCUCCAUGAAUGUGUGCAUACUGCGUGUGACUCAGAAGACCUGGGAGAUCAUGCAGCGUGAGAGGCACCUGCAGCAGCCUGAGAACAAAAUCCUGCAACAGCUUCGGAGUCGUGGGGAUGACCUGUUUGUGGUGACGGAGGUGCUGCAGACGAAAGAGGAGGUGCAGAUUACCCAGAUCCACAGCCAGGAAGGCUCAGGCCAGUUUACACUGCCUGGAGCCUCAUGCUUGCAGGGUGAAGGCAAAGGCCACCAGAGCCGGAAGAAGAUGGUGACCAUUCCUGCAGGCAGCAUCCUUGCAUUCCGAGUGGCCCAACUGCUCAUUGGCUCUAAAUGGGAUAUCCUUCUCGUCUCGGAUGAGAAACAGAGAACUUUUGAGCCCUCCUCAGACCACAGAAGAGCAGUGGGCCAGAGGCGCCAUAGCUUUAGUCUGCUUGCUGCACUACGUUCCAUCGGUGAGCAGCUCAAACUCAUGUCAGAUGGAAUCCACGAAAAGGAAGAAAUCGAGGAGGACUUCCAAGGCCUGUAUGCAGAGGUGAAGGCUGCCACCUCAGAGCUGAGGAGCUUAGAAAUGGAGUUGAGACAACAGCUACUAAUGGACAUCGGGAGGAUUUUGCAGGACCAGCCCAGCAUGGAAGCCUUAGAAGCCUCACUAGAGCAGGGGCUGUGCAGUGGCGGGCAGGUGGAGCCUCUGGAUGGCCCAGCAGGCUGCAUCCUUGAGUAUCUGGUACUCGAAUCUGGAGAGCUGGUGCUGGAACUCGCGGCCCCUAUCUUCUACCUGCUAGGAGCACUGACUGUGCUGAGUGAAACCCAGCAGCAGCUGCUGGCUAAGGCUCUGGAGACAACGGUGCUGUCAAAGCAGCUGGAGUUGGUGAAGCACAUCUUGGAACAGAGCACCCCGUGGAAGGAGCGGUGUUCUGUGUCCCUGACCUCCCUGAUCCUUGGGGACUUCUGGGAUGAGUGGGAUGAAGAGGCUCCCACCUGGGUCUUACUAGAAGAAUGUGGCCUAAGGCUGGAGGCAGAACCCCGCCAGGUGCACUGGGAACCAACAUCUCAGGGCCCCACAUGUGCGCUCUAUGCUUCCCUGGCCCUACUGUCAAGUCUAGGCCAGAAACCUUGUUAGCCUGUGGCCUCCCUUCCCACAACAUCUUCACAUCCUACCCUCCAGCCAGGGCAGAAUCUUGCCAAGCCCAGCCUCUAGGAAAGCCAAAGAACUCAACUCAGUCACAGGGUUAAAAUGCAGUGUGACCCAGGAGUUGAGAAAACUCAAUAAACGUACAAAGAAAAGAA